AACAUUACAAAAAUAAAUAGCAACUAUUUCCCAUCGACACACGUGUGAAUCCACGCUUAUAAUAGUUGAAAAUUUCCCCUACCGUUUUAAAAACAUCGAAGUGCUUAGUAGUAAAAAUUGUUAAAAAUGCGUGAAAUAGUGCAUUUGCAGGCGGGGCAGUGCGGCAACCAGAUUGGCUCGAAGUUCUGGGAGAUAAUAUCAGACGAACAUGGUAUUGAUACAACGGGUCACUAUCACGGGGACAGCGACUUGCAGUUGGAGAGAAUACAAGUCUACUACAAUGAGGCAUCUGAUGGCAAGAGGUUCGUCCCAAGGGCGGUGCUCAUCGACCUUGAACCGGGGACGAUGGAUGCCAUCAGGUCUUCGACUUAUGGGCAGCUGUUUAGACCUGAUAACUACGUGUUUGGGCAGAGUGGUGCUGGUAACAACUGGGCGAAGGGACACUACACUGAAGGAGCAGAGUUGGUAGAUUCUGUGAUGGAUGUUGUCAGAAAAGAAGCUGAACCGUGUGAUUGUUUACAAGGUUUCCAACUGACCCAUUCUCUUGGAGGUGGAACGGGAUCUGGUUUAGGUACACUGUUGCUGAGUAAGCUACGUGAAGAGUACCCUGACAGAAUUGUUAAUACAUUCAGUGUUACACCUUCGCCUAAGGUAUCAGAUACUGUGGUGGAGCCGUACAAUGCUACACUAUCCGUCCACCAAUUGGUCGAGAACACUGACGAGACCUUUUGCAUAGACAACGAAGCGCUGUAUGACAUCUGCUUCAGGACCCUCAGACUCUCAUCACCGACCUAUGGAGAUUUGAAUCACUUAGUAUCCCUCACUAUGUCCGGUGUGACGACUUGUCUGCGUUUUCCGGGACAACUUAACGCUGACUUGAGAAAACUUGCUGUCAAUAUGGUGCCCUUCCCGCGUUUACACUUCUUUAUGCCUGGAUUCGCGCCUCUAACUGCGCGAAACAGUCAAAGUUAUCGAGCUCUCACUGUAGCGGAAUUAACGCAGCAGAUGUUCAGUCCCGUGAACAUGAUGGCUGCAUGUGAUCCGCGUCACGGCCGUUACCUAACUGUCGCCGCCAUCUUCAGAGGACGCAUGUCUAUGAAGGAUGUCGACGAACAGAUGCUCAGCGUGCAGGAUAAAAACAGCAGUUACUUCGUAGAAUGGAUACCCAACAAUGUGAAAGUAGCUGUGUGCGACGUUCCCCCGCGUGGACUCAAGAUGGCCGCCACUUUCGUGGGCAACUCCACCGCCAUACAGGAGAUAUUUAAGCGUAUAUCUGAACAGUUCACAUUGAUGUUCAGGAGGAAGGCAUUUCUACAUUGGUACACGGGUGAGGGUAUGGAUGAAAUGGAAUUCACGGAAGCCGAGAGUAAUAUGAAUGACCUAGUUUCAGAAUAUCAGCAAUAUGAGGAAGUAGGUGUUGAUGACGAGUUCGAUGAACAAGAGGUGCAGGCUGAAGAAGAGUAUCCCGAAGAAUAAUUAAAAAAUACAUUAAUUUCUAGUCUUGAAAUUCCCAAUUUUGCUAUUUAUUAUCUGUACCGUAAAAAUGGCGGGAAAUUUAUAUCAAUCAUUGUAAUAUAGUUGAAAAAUAAUUUUAUUGAGUAUAUCACGACACAAAAGUGUUACAUAUCGAAAUGUAGAUUAUAAUCAUUUAUUAUAUAAUUGUCGCAGUGUAGUUUCGAGAUAAAUCGUGGCAACUAUUCGACAUAUUUACAGUAUUUAAUACACAUUACACAGGUACUCGUACUUGGGGACGUUUUCGUCCUACUGAAAAAGACACUUUCAGGAUUGAAAAAAAAUUACUUAGGUUAGGAUUGUUUUAGUAACCACAUUUUAAUUAGAAUUAUAUAAAUUAGUGUCAAUUAAAGUUCGUUAACUAAUAUUAGUAUCAUAUAGUACUUUGUAGUUAUACUUUUUUAGUAGGACGAAAUUGACCCUUUGGCCGACGAGGUUUAAAAAAAAUCAAAAAAUAAUGCUUUUCUUUUAUUUAAUUUUAAGAGAAUUUAUCACGUGUUAAAGAAAACGCCUUUUUAUUAUACUUGAUAUAUUAUUUGAAUUAGUUUUUAGAAAAUUCCAAUUUAUUUUAUACUU